UUUAAACUCUUGCCCCAUUGCAUUGUGGGUAGACGGGGAAAAAAGGCUCCAAAAAAGACUGAAGAACGACAAGAACACGUUGGUUCUUUUUUAAGCAAAAAACUAUUCUAUUUUUGUUAGCUGUAUUAGUCACACAGGAGACCACCGGAAAAUGUCGAUCGGCGUGCCCAUCAAAGUGCUGCACGAGGCAGAGGGACACAUUGUGACGUGUGAGACCAACACCGGAGAAGUUUACAGGGGCAAGCUGAUCGAGGCCGAGGACAACAUGAACUGCCAGAUGUCCAACAUCACCGUCACCUACCGUGACGGGCGCGUGGCUCAGCUGGAGCAGGUGUACAUCCGCGGUAGCAAGAUCCGCUUCCUGAUACUACCCGACAUGUUGAAGAACGCUCCCAUGUUGAAGAGCAUGAAGAACAAGAACCAAGGUUCUGGUGCCGGCAGAGGCAAGGCGGCCAUUCUCAAAGCGCAAGUGGCUGCUAGAGGCAGAGGACGUGGUGGAAUGGGAAGAGGAAAUAUCUUCCAGAAGAGGCGAUAAUUUCUCUCUUUGUAUAGUUUUUGUUUUUUGUAUCAGGCAUCUUGUUCUUAUUCUUGUUUUGCUGCAAGUUCAUUUGAUGAAAAUAAACAUUUGGAUUUUG